AUGAAUGCAGCAAAGCCCUCUGCGCCACCAGAGCAGACGUCCAACAGUUCAGACUGUGACGCCGGAGGCUGCCCGCGAGCUCGGGAGGAAACACCACCUUCUCCCGUCACCACAAGCUACUUCACGACACCUGUAGUGGAUCACCCACGACACCCAGCGCACAGACUCGUUUCAUCCUCCUCCUUCUGCGACCGGGGACAUCAGGAUAUGUGGCUUCCCCCGGAAAGGGGGACCAGGGAGAACGCGCUCGCGGCAAAAGGCUGCGGGGCAGGGGCCGGGGAGGAGGGGCGGCGGCGAGAGGGGAAACACCCCCGCCCGGCCCGCCGCGUCUCCACCCGCGUCGCCCUCAAUUUCGUGAUUCCGGCCAGUGCUCGCGUCCUCGGUCAUCCCCGACCAGCGGAUCCGCGCUCCCCCGAUCCCCCCAACCCCACCCCGGCCCUGGACACCCGCCGCCGGCCCCUCACGACCGCACGCUCCGCGAUCCGUCGGCGCGAGACCCGCACCGCCCACCGGAGGCCCCGCCAGAGUCGGCCCCCCUCAGCCCCGGCGGCGCCGCCGCCGCCGCCGACCCGGCCGUUUCCUCAACGGCUCGCCUCAACCGUCCGGAAGCCGCUCUCUCGCUCGCUCGCCCGCCCCCUGAGGCCCAGCCGACGCCGCAGCUCCCCUCGCGCACCCCGCCGUCAGGGAAGUCCUCCCCGGCGCCCAGCUCAACCUGCCGGCUGGAAGAGGCCUCCGCGCGGAGUCCGGCUGCAGCUGCCGCCCAGCGUCGCGUCUCCGCGCUUAAGCGAUCGCCGCGGCGCCUCACGCAGCCGAGGGAAGGCGGGAAGUGCCCGUCCAAUCGGCGUCGCGUACGGUCGGCGCCGCGUCCAAUCAGCGCCGCCGGCCUGCCAGGCCCCGCCCCUCACACCGGCGCAAGUGCCGCCCGAGGCCGGAACCAAGGGCGCCGAGGUGGGCAAGGCUCAGAGCCUCAGGUAA